GCCAACCCAGCCGCGCCAAGAAAGGAGGGGGUUGGCAUUGUGCCUUCGGGGUGGGACAGGCCACCCUGUGUGUAUGUGGUAAGAGAAGUCACGAAGAUCGGCCUGGGGGGCGGGGUUUUUUGUUUAAUAUGAAGAGGGCACGCCUUUCAGGAGUCAUUCUCUCCUUUUCAUCAUGUGAGUUCCCGGGAUGGAAUUCAGUCAGUCUUGGCCACAAACACUUUUAUCCUCUGAGCCAUCUUACCCAACUAGGUUUUGUUUUUGUUUUUUGUUUGUUUUUGUUUUUUUUUUUUAAGAUAAGAUCUCACUAUAUAGUCCAGAUUGACCUAGAACUCUCUAUCCUCCUGCCUCAUCUUCUCAGGUACUGGAUUACAGCUUAGCUACUGAGAAGAUGGUGGACCAUUUGGCAAACACAGAGAUCAACAGCCAGCGGAUCGCAGCAGUGGAGAGCUGUUUUGGGGCAUCAGGGCAGCCGCUGGCCCUGCCUGGCCGUGUGCUCCUGGGCGAGGGGGUACUGACCAAGGAGUGCCGAAAGAAGGCCAAGCCACGCAUCUUCUUCCUCUUCAACGACAUCCUGGUGUAUGGCAGUAUUGUGCUUAGCAAGCGCAAGUACCGCAGCCAGCAUAUUAUUCCCCUGGAAGAGGUAACAUUGGAGCCACUGCCAGGGACCCCACAGGCCAAGAACCGCUGGAUGAUCAAGACAGCCAAGAAGUCCUUUGUGGUGUCCGCAGCCUCUACCACGGAGCGCCAGGAAUGGAUUAGCCACAUUGAAGAGUGUGUGCGGAGGCAGUUGCUGGCCACAGGCCGCCAGCCCACCACUGAGCAUGCAGCACCGUGGAUCCCUGACAAGGCCACAGACAUCUGCAUGCGUUGCACACAGACACGCUUCUCGGCACUUACCCGGCGUCACCACUGCCGAAAAUGCGGGUUUGUGGUCUGUGCUGAGUGUUCCAAGGAGCGUUUUCUGCUGCCACGUCUCUCCCCCAAACCCCUUCGUGUCUGCAGCCUCUGCUACCGUGAGCUGGCCGCCCAAAAGCGAAGGGAGGAGGCCAAGGAGAGGUACAGGGACUCUCCAGGGCAGCCAACCCACCUAGGCGGUGCUGUCUGUGGUGCAUCCAGUGGUGAUGAUGAUGACUCCGAUGAGGACAGAGAAGGCAGUGGAGAUGGUGACUGGCCCAGCCAGGUGGAAUUCUAUGCUUCUGAUGUCUCCUGGUCAGCCUUCCACAGUUGACCCUCACCUUCAGAGUGUCUGCAUCAAGCCAGUCCACUGCCCACAGCCCCAAGAGUGCAGGUCCUGAACUGUCUGAUUUUGCUAGGACCCAAGCCCAUGGUAGUAGGCAUAUGACAGGUAGCUGUUCCGGAGCCAUUAAUAGUGCCUUUCUGCUAGACAGCAGCAUCCUAGGCCUUCUUCUACUUCUGGUCAGAUAAUUGCCUUUCCAUUUCACAAGGCCCAGAACAUAAAGUCCUUGGUGACCAGGCUACUACAGCCCUUGGGGUUAGACCAGGCCAGGUGUCCCAAGCAUUAAAAGACCAGGGUGGAAGAGGGCAAAGGGAAGACCAGACCCGAGUGGAGGUCCACUCCACUCUGAAGCUUGAGCUUCAGACCCCAUUCCCACCUCCACCCCUUAACAGGCACAGCCCAUGCCAGCACAGAAGGCCUGCACACCCACCACCAUGCAGAUAUCACUACCUGACCACUGACGGAGUCCUUGCCAAGCUAGACCCCAGAUGCACUGUGUGUGCCUUUGGGGCCCAGGUGAGCUGCAGUCUGUGCCCCCGCCCAGAGCAGCCCAUCAAGGUCUCUGCCCUGUCACCACCCUCCAAAUAUCUGGUGCCUGUCCUGUCCCCAUCUCUAUCUGCAGUCAGUAGAAGCAAUGUUUUCCCUUAGGACUCUGGAUUUCAAGGACAGAAACCCUACCCAGACUGACUUACCAAUAAAACAUCAACAACAAAAAA